AUGUCGGAGACACACGAGAAGCAUCAGCAAAAAACCAGAAGAAGUCGAGCUGCGGAAGAUUGCAACCUUAAGAGCACAACAGAGUAUGAGAGCUACAAGAAAAAAAUCGAGCUGUCGAUCAGUGUUCUCCUGACAACCUUGAAGACGAUGAGCGAUCUAGGGGCUGUAAACCCACCCACUCCAGCGAUCGGAUACGACGACGGUAAAAUGCUGAUGGCUAGAGGGCCAUUGGAACUUCACGAACACGUGGCGUCGCGCUUAGAGACAUCGCUGGGCAAACGGCUUCCUCAGAUGGAAGUGCGUUUCAAGGACGUGUCCAUCUCUGCGGACAUCGUGGUCAAGGACGCGAGUGACCUGGAGGUGCAGCUACCUACACUUCCGAACGAGAUGAUGAAGACGCUUCGUGGCCUGGUCGCUAAGAAGCAUACAGUGACCAAGCGUAUUCUGAGAAGCGUGAGUGGCGUCCUAAAGCCAGGAACUAUCACACUUGUACUGGGGCAGCCUGGGUCAGGCAAGUCGUCAUUGAUGAAGCUACUAAGUGGACGCUUCCCGAAGGACAAGAACGUCUCGAUCGAGGGUGAGGUGACGUACAAUGGCACGUCGGCUGAAGAGUUGCACAGACGACUACCGCAGUUGGUGUCGUAUGUGCCACAGCGUGACAAACAUUACCCCGAAUUGACAGUGAAGGAGACACUGGAGUUCGCCCAUGCUGCGUGUGGUGGGGUGUUGUCUGAACAUGACGCGAGUCACUUGGUGAACGGAACUCCGGACGAGAAUGCGGAGGCGCUGAAAGCCGCUCAAGCACUUGUCAAACAUUACCCAGACGUUGUGAUCCAGCAACUGGGACUGGAGAACUGUCAGCACACAAUUGUGGGCGACGCUAUGCUACGUGGUGUGUCUGGUGGAGAGCGUAAGCGCGUGACCACAGGCGAGAUGUCGUUUGGUAACAAGUACGUGAUGAUGAUGGACGAGAUCAGUACGGGGCUGGACAGCGCCGCGACGUUCGAUAUCAUCACGACGCAACGUAGUCUGGCCAAGAAGUUCCGUAAGACAGUGGUCAUCUCACUACUGCAACCGUCACCCGAGGUGUUCGCUCUGUUCGACGAUGUGAUGAUUCUAAACGCCGGUCACCUUAUGUACCACGGACCAUGCACAGAAGCCUUAAGAUACUUCGAGAACCUUGGCUUCAAGUGUCCUCCGUCUCGCGACGUGGCGGAUUUCCUACUAGAUCUCGGUCCCAACAAACAAAACCAAUACGAAGUGAAACUCGACAAUGGAGUCAUCCCUCGUUCUCCCAGUGAGUUCUCCAACGCGUUUAAACACUCGACCAUCUACAGUCAAACCCUGAACGACCUACAAGCUCCAGUAGCCCCCAGUCUCGUCGAAGAUAUGAAGACUCAUAUGGAUGUUCAACCAGAAUUCUCUCAGAGUUUCUGGGCUAGUACGAUGCUACUGAUGAAGCGAGAGGUUUUAAUCACGAGACGGGAGAUGUCAGCUAUGGUAGGACGAAUGAUCAUGAGUACUGUCAUCGCUCUACUCUGUUCCAGUGUCUACUACCAGUUCGACACGACAGAUGCGCAGUUGACUAUGGGUAUCAUUUUUGAAUCUAUUUUAAAUCUGUCAGUGGGUCAGGCUGCUCAAAUCCCGACGGUGAUGGCUGCACGAGAGGUUUUCUACAAGCAACGAGGUGCCAACUUGUUCCGGACAGCGUCGUACGUGCUGUCCAACUCAGUGGUACAACUACCAGCCAUCAUUCUGGAAACGGUGGUGUUCAGUGCCAUUGUGUACUGGAUGUGUGGCUUCUUGAAUUCGUUCUGGAGCUUCAUCGUCUUCGUGGUGGUACUGUGUCUGAUCAACGUCGCACUGGCGGCCUUCUUCUUUUUUCUGGCUACUGCGUCUCCAAAUUUGAACGUGGCUAAUCCUCUUUCCAGCGUUUCGAUCGUGUUUUUCGUCAUGUUUGCCGGCUACACGAUCACAAAGGACCAAAUUCCAGAGUACCUCAUCUGGAUGUACUGGAUCAACCCGACGUCGUGGGGGAUUCGCGCACUGGGUAUUAACCAGUACAUCAACUCACACUUUGACAAAUGUGGGUACAAUGGGAUCGACUACUGUACUAAGUACGGUAUGACGAUGGGAGAGUACUCUCUUAGUACAUACGAGGUACCGUCCGAGAAGUUCUGGCUGUGGUACGGGAUGGUCUAUAUGGCAGUCACAUACGUGUUCUUCCUGUUCCUGUCUUGCAUCGCACUAGAGUACCAUCGCUUCGAGCGUCCAGAAAAUGUUGUACUUACAGAUGAGAGCAAAGUUGACGCGAAAGACAGCUACACGCUCACUCGAACGCCGCGAGGAUCACAGAAACACAGCGAGUCAGUGAUCUCGGUCGACCACGCACGAGAAAAGUACUUUGUACCGGUCACCGUGGCGUUCCAGGAUUUAUGGUACACUGUACCAGACCCGACCAACCCGAAGAGAACCAUCGACUUGCUAAAAGGCAUCUCUGGGUAUGCACUACCAGGCACUAUCACUGCGCUUAUGGGCUCGUCUGGAGCUGGCAAGACGACGCUGAUGGACGUGAUUGCUGGACGGAAGACUGGCUGUCAGAUCCGCGGUCAGAUUCUGCUCAAUGGUCAUCCUGCCACAGAUCUGGCUAUUCGACGUUCGACGGGGUACUGUGAGCAGAUGGACAUUCACUCCGAGUCGUCUACUAUUCGUGAGGCGUUGACAUUCAAUCUAAAUCUGAUCGCUGACCAGAUCAUCCGUGGCAGCUCCGUGGAGCAAAUGAAGAGACUGACGAUCGGAGUGGAACUCGCUGCACAGCCGAGUGUCUUGUUCCUGGACGAACCGACGAGUGGGUUGGACGCUCGAUCGGCCAAGUUGAUCAUGGAUGGAGUUCGAAAAGUAGCGGAUACGGGGCGUACCAUCGUGUGUACCAUCCACCAGCCAUCUUCCGAGGUUUUCAGUGUGUUCGACAGUCUGUUACUGUUGAAACGUGGCGGUGAGACAGUCUUUGUUGGCGAGUUAGGUGACAACGCACGUGAAAUGAUCGAGUACUUCGAGUCGAUUGAGGGUGUAGCAAUGCUUAAAGCCGACUACAACCCGGCUACGUGGAUGUUGGAAGUGAUCGGUGCUGGCGUCGGUAACAGCAACGGAGACAAGACGAAUUUCGUGGAGAUCUUCAAAGCGAGCACUCACGCUCAGCGUCUUCGGUCGAGUCUAGACCAGGAAGGUGUGACUCGACCGUCACCGUCAUUACCAGCACUCGAAUUCAGCGACAAACGCGCAGCUUCCGAGCUCACUCAAGCGAAAUUCCUGUUGAAACGCUUCUGCGAUCUCUAUUGGCGUACAUCUUCUUUUAACUUGACGCGGUUCGCUAUCUCACUUGGAAUGGGAUUAGCUUACGGAGUCACAUACAUUGGUACAGAGUAUAAGUCGUACUCAGGUGUCAAUUCCGGCUUGGGCAUGCUCUACAUGAUCACGAGUUUCAUCGGCCUCAUCGCGUUCAACGGAUUGAUCCCCGUAGCGUACGAAGAGCGUGCUGUAUUCUACCGUGAACGAGCAUCUCAAACUUAUAACGCCUUCUGGUAUUUCUUCGGACUGGGAGUCAUGGAAAUCCCGUACGCUGCCUUCGCAGUGCUGUUGUUCCUCAUCCCGUUCUUCCCAAUGGUGGGGUUCUCGGAAGAAGAAGAAUCGAGCAGUGAAGAAGAUGACGAGGCUGUAGAUGUCGACAGUGAUGAUGACAACGAGGGCGUCUCUGCUACUAGCAGCGAAGAGGACGCUGCUGCUACCAAUUUGGGCGCAGAUGUGAUGAGCAAUGACAGUGAUGCCGAUGAAGGCGACACUGAAGCCGACCAACCUCGUGCCGCGCAGACCAUCGUGGUCUAA